AUGCGAUAUACUAGAGCUAGUGUUCCAGAUGAUCAACUCUAUUUGGCAUCAACAGCUGUUGUCAUGAGCGAAGUUAUCAAGGGGUUGGCUUGUGUAGCAUUAUUACAUUUUAGUGGUCCACUUCAUCAACGCACUUGGCAACGUUUAACUUCUUUGCUUCACCGAGAACUUAUCUCCAACUGGCGCGAAACUGCAAAAUUGGCUGUCCCUGCUACUUUAUAUUUAAUUCAGAAUAAUUUACAAUAUGUGGCAGCAACGAAUUUAGAUGCAGCAACUUUUCAAGUGACUUAUCAACUCAAGAUCUUAACAACAGCCUUCUUUAGUGUGGUGAUUUUGAAAAGAACUUUGGUACGAUUGAAAUGGAUUGCACUUGGAUUAUUGACGUUUGGGAUUGCGUUAGUAGUUCUUCCCAGGGAUGCAUCAGCAGCAGCAAUGGCUUAUUUGACUGGAAAUUAUCAAGACAAUUUAGAAGAAGCUACCAUCGAUACCAGCAACCUUGGAAAUCAAUCCAAUGCCAAAGGAUUCUUUGCAGUAUUAAUGGCUUGUAUUCUCUCUGGUUUGGCAGGUGUUUAUUUUGAAAAGAUUCUCAAGGCUCCAGCUACCAAACCUAUGCCAGAAAUGGUCAACACUCUGGAUCAUGGUGAACCUGAUGAUGAAGAAGGUGGUAUUGGAUUACGCGAUAUACAUGGACGACGUGAAGAUGUAAUGCAACAAACACAGCAACAAAAUCAACUAUGGAUUCGUAAUCUUCAAAUGUCAUUCUUCUCUAUUCUAUUGGGAUUGGUAUUUGUGGUGAUGUUACAAGAUGGUGCUACCAUUGUACAGAAGGGUUUCUUUGUCAAUUACAAUAGUUUAACUUGGUUGGUCAUUGCUAUUCAAGCAUUUGGUGGUUUGGUAGUUGCAUUGGUGGUCAAAUAUGCGGAUAAUAUUCUCAAGGGAUUUGCUACUUCUAUUAGUAUCAUUUUAUCAAGUUUAGUCAGUGUUUGGCUCUUUAACUUUACUCUAUCUGGCACUUUUAUCUUUGGAACAGCGCUUGUCAUCUAUGCUACUUAUCUUUAUGGACUUUAG